AUUAUAUAUUAAAAAAGAGCUAUUUCUAACCUAAAAGUAUUGUGACAACAAAUUAUUUAUGUUGGGAAGGCUGACUUUAUUUUGAAGCUGUAAAAUUCUAAACUAGUUAUUACGUUAUUCUCACAGUCUGCGGAAAAUGCACAAAUGACUGGAUCCCGCACCAAUCCCUCUCAAAUAAUGAUCACAGAAAUCGUCAUCGUGCGGCAUCCUGUGUGCGUGUGCGUACCUGUGAACCACAAGGUGACCCUGCGAGUCCGCGCUGAGGGCACAGCCGCCCUCUGCUACCAGUGGUUCUCUGAAGACAAACAAGAGAUACCUGGAGGUAAUCAAGCAGACCUAACCAUCACAGCUAGAAAAACCCAACUCUAUGUGUGCCGAGUGAAUGACCACUACAAUAACUACGUAUUCAGCGAGUGGGCUAAGGUGAAAGUGUUGGACAUUGAUAAAUCUGGCUUGCCUGUAGAUUGGCAGGGUGAGCCACACAUUGCUAUCAACCCCAAACCGCAGACGGUUCAACUGGGCACCAAGCUCAGCCUCCACUGCGCUGCCUUUGGCGUACCUGCUCCACACUACCAGUGGUACAGAAAUGGACAGCCACUGCUGGACAAAAACAGUGACGUGCUGCAGAUCAGCUGUGUAACAGCUGAACAUGGAGGAUCAUACUUGUGUUCAGUGUCUAAUGUGCUGGAGGAGAGGUGGACAGAUGCAGUAGAUGUUGACAUCGCACAAACUGAUCCACUUCCUCCAGCAGCACUCACAGCCACAGAUAAAGUUGCCCUUCUUAUUGGAAACCUAAAUUACUCCAACCACCCGGACUUGAUGGCGCCCAUUAUGGACGUACACGAGCUGGCCAACCUGUUGCAGCAGCUCGGAUUCAGGGUGGUUUCGUUGCUGGAUCUCACCGUCGAAGAGAUGCAGGCUGCCAUUGACAAGUUCAUUCAGCUGUUAGACAGAGGAGUUUACGGACUUUUCUACUAUGCGGGUCAUGGGUAUGAGCACGCUGGGAGAAAUUACUUGGUAGCCGUUGAUGCUCCGCAACCGUACCGAACUCAGAACUGUGUGUGUGUCCAGCGGGUCAUGCACAAAAUGCAGGAGAGGCAGACUGCACUGAGCGUCAUCCUGCUGGAUACGUGCAGAAAGUGGUACAACCAGCAUUGCAUACCCUCAGCCAUUAUGCCAUUGGGACCGACUGGCAACACUGUGUAUGGUUAUGCCACGUGUGAGGAUGCUGAGGCAUUCGAGGUGCAGGAUGGAGGAAAGAGUACUGGGAUUUUCACCAAGUACUUGAACAGGCACAUCCUACAGUCGGAGAAAGUCACGCAUGUCUUAGAAAAGGUUUCUGAGGAUCUCGGUAGAGAUCCUCUGGUCACCGGCAAGCAGGCUGUGGAGAUAAAGCACACGGUUAAGGAACCUCGCUCUCUCACUGAUCUGGUUCGAACGAAUGGCCAUACAAGGGAACUUCAUCUGCGUGAUGUCUGCUGGAAACAAGCGAAUGCUCUACCACUGAAAAGGCAGCUGAUGUUUCUCUGCGGAGUAGAAGUGGAAGUUAGCUUCUCAGCAUUGUUUUCAAAUGUCUUGGUAGCUUUCGCUGCUGUAAAGACGACAAGCAAACAUACCCAGGACUGCACAAUCACACUAAGUAGCAUACCUCCAAUGGAAGACAUAUUCUCCAGGCCGGGCAGAUCAGAGGAGAUGGAUUCACUACUGUUUAAUAAAUCUUGUGACCCAGACUGCACUCUAAGACUUUGCUCCCUUCAGAAGCUGAAGGAGUCGGUGGUCAUCAAGGUGGACCUACACUAUACUCACACAGAAAACAAGCGACGCCACAUAGAAACUCAACACUUGGACAUAGGGAGGCCUCUGGUCGCGUCAUGUAAACUGUACAAGGGGAAUCGUGCAGCAACAGACAAAAAACAAGGCAGUACCUCAGCUCAAAGUAUGGGAGACAUUUCAAAUGGCAGAUCUCAAAAGCCCCAGACUCUGGGAGGUCCACGCCGCCCCUUCACAAGAAAGGCAGAGUGUGCAACGGCACGAAGCAACGAGCCUGAAGAAAAUGAUGAGAAUGAACUGCAAGAUUUCUUCUUUCCACCUUAAGCCUUUUGAUAAUCUAUGGAAAUGGUAGUUGGUGGUAAAAUUGUAUGUUUUAUAGUUGACCAUGCAUCUUGUAUGUCUGUAAUUGAUGAUAAUGAGUCAAUAAGUGGGAUUUGUGUUUCGUUCAUGGUGCCAUUCUUCAGUUCUUAGUUACAUACUUAGAAUGCAUUAACACUGUUUUGAUUUUAAACUUUAUAAUAUGUGUGAAACAUUACUUUUGUACACCCUCCCCCCCCUGAAAAAAAAGAAAAAAAAUCAGUGGCAAGCUGGCUGGCCUUAUUUAUGAAAUUGCUUUCAAUAACUUAUCCAAUAAAACAACUACUUUC